ACAACAACAGUACCUAUACCCACCCACCACCCCUCAGCUCCACCAUCCCCUUCCCCCAACCUCUCCUCUCUCUCUCUCUCUCAACAAACACCAAAUCAAAGUCCAAACUUCAAAGGGACUCACAAAUAACUCUCCAUACCCACAUCAUCUGUCUACAUUCCACCAUCAACCCAUUCUCUCUCUGUGUUGGUGAUAGCAGAGGAGAGAGAAAAAUGAAGCUGUCUGCAUUGCAGCAGAGCUACAUCAACCGCCGGAGCAACAGCUUCAGAGGCUCACCGCCGCUGGACGGGUCUCUAGACGGCGGAAUCAAGUCUCCGGCGGCUAUAUUCUGGCUAGUGCUCCACUGUCUCUGCUGCCUCAUCAGCCUUGUCCUUGGCUUCCGAUUCUCUCGCCUCAUCUUCUUCCUCCUCUUCUCCACCUCCACCACUUCCAACCUCUACUCCACCUUGCCCUUCCGCACCGCCACCGAGCUCUCCGAUUCCCUAACUGUUCAGACCACCCCACCAAAUCCCCAAUCUCCGGCCAACAGAACCGUCGUCUCCAGCAGCAGCAGAGUGGUGGUUGGGCGGCACGGGAUCUUAAUCCGGCCAUGGCCACAUCCCAAUGCGGUGGAGGUGAUGAAAGCUCACCGGAUAAUUGAGUUGGUUCAGAGUGAACAGAGGGUUCAGUACGGCGUUAAAAACCCUAGAACUGUGAUUGCUCUCACUCCGACCUAUGUAAGAACUUUCCAGACUCUUCAUCUAACUGGAGUUAUGCAUUCGUUGAUGAAUGUACCUUAUAAUCUCAUCUGGAUCGUUGUUGAAGCCGGUGGAACCACCAACGAGACCGCUUCGUUGCUCGCCAAGUCAGGGAUUCGGACCAUCCACAUUGGAUUCAAUCAGAAGAUGCCAAUUUCGUGGGAGGGUCGGCAUCGGAUGGAGGCUCUUAUGCGACUUCGCGCUUUGAGAGUUGUGAGAGAAGAGAAAUUAGAUGGAAUUGUGUUGUUUGCGGAUGAUAGUAAUAUGCAUAGUAUGGAGUUCUUUGAUGAGAUUCAAAAUGUGAAAUGGAUUGGCGCUGUUUCGGUUGGGAUUCUUGCUCAUUCUGCUAACUCUCAUGAAGGGUUAUCAGUAAUUCAGAAGAACGAAGAUGCGGAGAAUCUGCCUAUGCCAGUUCAAGGUCCGGCUUGUAACUCAUCGGACAAGUUGGUUGGUUGGCACACCUUUAAUUCGCUGCCAUAUGCUGGUAAAAGCGCGAACUAUAUUGGUGACAGGGCAAUUGUGUUGCCAAGGAAGCUGGAGUGGGCUGGGUUUGUGUUGAAUUCAAGGUUGCUCUGGAAGGAAGCUGAAGAUAAGCCAAUGUGGGUUAAGGAUCUAGACACAUUUACUGGGAAUGGAGACAAUUUUGAGAGCCCAUUAGCUCUGCUGAAGGACCCUUCUGUGGUCGAGCCUCUGGGCAGUUGUGGCCGCAAGGUCUUGCUAUGGUGGCUCCGUGUUGAAGCUCGUGCAGAUAGUCAAUUUCCUGCCCGAUGGGUCAUUGAUCCCCCGUUGGAGGUUACUGUCCCUGCAAAACGCACACCAUGGCCAGACGCUCCUCCAGAACUUCUGUCUAAUGUAAAAACAAUUGGCAUGGAGGAAAACAUUGAGAAACAUGCUACAAAAACUCGAACACACAGAUCAAAACGCCCUUCCAGAAGCAAGAGAAAGCGUGAAGCAAGAGCAGUAGACACACAGGUCUUGCCUAGGCGUUUUGGAGAAAAAUAAAACCUCAUUAGCCAAGAAUGUUCAAGAUGUAUACAGUUGUGUGAAAUAGGGCCUUCAACAUCAAGAAAUAUGAAGACAAAGCAGAUAUUCUUUCCGAGUACAUACAGAAAGGCAAUCUGUUACAGCGGACUGGCUGAUAUGUGCAUUUUGGUUUUCUUUCCACCAAAUUUCCACAUGCUUCCCGUGCAAAUUUUUUUCAUUCGGGUGAUAUUUAGUCUCACGAAAGCAAUAUAUCAACUGAAUCGUGCUGCAUCAGCUGCUUUCAUAGUUGUUUGCUUGUAUUCAAUAUGGUCAAAGUUGUUAUACAUAAUUUUUAGAAUAGAAAAUCACAGAUUUGUGAUGUUGUAUUUCGCAGAAACAAUCAAUACUUUCGUGUAAUAAAGAAUGAUUUCACUGCAA